AUGAAGUUCUCAAAUCUUCUCAAGAAGCCUCUCCUUUUGAUCGCUGGUAUCUUGGCUGCGACUGUUGUCGCCGAAACUGUACCUACUACUGCUGCAGUCCAAGUCAAGUCCUUUACCUAUGAUGGCUCUACCUUGGCUGGUCAGAUUUAUGUCAAGAACAUUGCUUAUACCAAAACAGUUACUGUCAUCUAUUCUGAUGGUUCUAACAAUUGGAACAACAAUGGCAACACAAUCGCUGCUUCUUACAGCGCAGGCAUUUCAGGCACCAACUAUGAAUAUUGGACUUUCAGCGCUCCUGUCAGCGGCAUCAAGCAAUUCUACGUCAAAUAUGUUGUAAGCGGUACUACCUACUAUGACAACAACAACAGCGCAAACUAUCAAGUUUCAGCUACUACUACUACUACUGCUCCUACCUCUACCACCACUGGCGGCUCUUCUACUACCACUGGUGGCUCCACUACUACUGCAACUAGCGUCCCUACUGGUGUUCCCUCUGGUUUCCCUACAGGUAACUCCACCAUCAGCUCUUGGAUCAAUGGCCAAACCUCUGUAAGCCGUUAUGCCAUGCUCCGCAACAUCAACCCUGCUGGUACCGUUCCUGGCUUCAUUGCUGCUUCCAUGUCUACCUCUGGUCCCGAUUACUUUUAUGCCUGGACCCGUGAUUCUGCCUUGACCUCUCAUGUCGUUGCCUAUGAUUACAACACCACUUUGGCUGGUAACUCUACUAUUCUCGGCCUCUUGAAGAACUAUGUCACCUUCUCUCUCAACAGCCAGACUACUUCCACUGUGUGCAACUGUCUCGGUGAGCCCAAGUUCAACGCAGAUGGCAGCAGUUUCACUGGUGCCUGGGGUAGACCUCAAAAUGACGGACCUGCUAGUCGUGCUGAUACGUUCAUCUUGAUUGCUGACAGUAUUCUCAAGCAAACAGGUGAUGCUGCCUAUGUCACUGGCACACUUGCUCCUGCCAUCUACAAGGAUUUGGAUUAUGUUGUUUCUACUUGGUCUAAUGGUUGUUUCGAUUUGUGGGAGGAAGUCAAUGGUGUUCACUUUUACACUUUGAUGGUGAUGCGCAGAGGUUUGGUCAAGGGUGCUAGCUUUGCUUCUCGCAAUGGUGAUAACACACGUGCCACUACUUACACCAACACCGCUGCCUCUAUCAAGAGCAAGAUUGAUAGUUUCUGGAACUCCAACGGUCAAUAUGUGUCUGUCAGCCAAAGUGUCACUGGUGGUGUCAGCAAAGCUGGCUAUGAUGCCUCUGUCUUGAUUGCUGCCAACUUGGGUAGUCUCCAAGACGGUUUUUACACUCCUGGUUCUGACAAGAUGCUUGCUACUGCUGUUGCCAUUGAAAACAAGUUUGCUUCUCUCUACUCUAUCAACCAAAACUUGAACGGUUAUCUUGGUAAUGCUAUCGGUCGUUAUCCUGAAGAUACUUACAAUGGUAAUGGUAACUCUCAAGGCAACCCUUGGUUCAUCUGUACCAACGCCUUUGCCGAACUCUACUACCGUGCUAUCAAGGAAUGGUUCAACAGUGGUGGUGUUACUGUCACUAGCAUCAGUUUGAACUUCUUCAAGAAGUUUGAUUCCUCUGCUGCUGUUGGUACCAAGUACACUGUUGGUACCUCUUCUUUCAACAGCUUGGUUCAAAAUGUUGCUGUUGCUGCUGAUGCCUUCUUCUCCACCGCCAAGCUCCAUGCUGCUAACAAUGGUUCCUUGAGCGAACAAUACGGUCGCACUGACGGUUUGAUGACUGGUGCUCGUGAUUUGACUUGGUCUCACGCUUCAUUGAUCUCUGCUUCUUACGCAAAGGCUGGUUCCCCUGCUGCCUAA